AUGUCUGAUGAUGAGGCGGAUCCAGAGCUCCUGGAACUUCUCCGCCAGUCCUUGGGAUUAGGUCCUCCCCCCAAAAACGCUCCUCCGGAAACUAAGGUGCUUGAAGGAGCGCGGUUCAUUUUUGACAAUGCUAUUGAUAUUGCGAUUGAUCCAGCGAAGACGAAAGAGGCAGCAGAGACCAUAUGGCAGAUGAUGCAAGAGAGAUCCUACUCUACCAAAACCUGGGCAUCGCAUGAGUUACAUCCCAAGAAAAAGAAUGCAAAUACGGUUGAUUUUAUCUUUACAAUGGAUCUGUUGAAUUUCAGCUUUUGGUCUGCCGAAAAGGACGAGUCCAAACGCUUUGCUGUUGAAUAUCGCGGGACGCGGUGGACCGAGAUUCCAAUCACAACCCCUGAAUUCUGGCAAGAUCAGGAAAGGUGCACAGAAAAUAUCAUAAAACACGUUUUUCGGUCCGCAACAGACGAAGAGAUACCCCUUUUGCAAGAGCGGAUAGCGUGUCUCCGUGAAGCAGGUCAGGUUCUUUGUGAUAAGUACGGUGGCAGUUUCGUGAGCUGCAUUGAAGAAGCGAAUAAUUCUGCCGCCGGAUUGGUAAAUCUUCUGGCAGAGAACUUUCCAUGCUUCCGUGAUGAGGCAAAAUUCGAUGGCAAAACUGUGCGCUUCUAUAAACGAGCGCAAAUUCUCGUUGCAGACAUCUGGGCCUGUUUCAGGGGCAAGAAAUAUGGCCGAUUCGACGACAUUGACAAAAUAACCAUGUUUGCAGAUUAUCGCGUGCCACAGAUGCUCUACCAAUUAGGUUGUUUGCUUUAUUCCCCUCCCCUCGAAAGCCAUAUCCGACAACUGAAAACGAUCCCGAGCGGCCACAAGUGGGAAUUAGAACUGCGCGGCGCUAGUAUUUGGUGCGUGGAGCUGAUCCGCCAAAUAAUCAUGAAGAAUCAUACUGCCGCCAAGGCUGGUGCGUAUGCCGAAGGGCUGUCUUCUUCUACUUCAGGUUCCCAAUCGGUGGAGGUAUUGGAUAUAGGCUCGAUAGAGGAAGCCAAGGAAAGACAAAUCCCUGAACCGCAGUGUCUUAGAGGUCACGGAGAAGGCCUCAACAAGGAGGAUGACGACAAGGACGAAGAAAAUGACGAAGAGCAGCCUAUGGGGGUCAAUGCUAUUUUGAUUGAUUUCCUGUUGUACGACCGGAUGAAGGAAAUGGAAAAGGACGGCCAGGAAGAUAUUCCACAUCAUCGAACAAGAAGUAUCUGGUAUUAA